UUUUUUUCUCCCCUCUCUUCAUUUUUUACCUUCUUAGACACUUUCCCUUCACCUUCUCCCCCUCCUUUCUUCAUUCUUAUCCUUCUUGCUCUUUUGCCUCCUUCGUGUUACGUUGUUUGAGCCUGUUUUUCUCUCUUGGAUUUCUCUUCCGUUCCCGCAUUUGUCCCGUCCGCAUACCCGCCUCCCGCCACCAUGUCCAACACCAGCGCGUCGUCCCCCCAGCCCAUCCAGGAUGAGGUCAAGGCCGUCGAGGCCAAGCCCAUCAACAAGACCGUGGCCCAGAUCCGCUCCCUCGUCGCUGGUGGCGCGGGUGGUGUUUGCGCCGUCGUCGUCGGCCAUCCCUUCGAUCUGGUCAAGGUCCGCCUGCAGACGGCCCAGCCGGGUGUCUACUCCGGUGCCAUGGAUGUCGUGAAGCGGACGGUCGCUCGUGAGGGUUUGCGCCGGGGCCUGUAUGCCGGUGUCUCCGCUCCCCUGGUCGGUGUGACCCCCAUGUUCGCGGUCAGCUUCUGGGGUUAUGAUCUUGGCAAGCAGCUCGUCAGCAGCAUGUCCAACGUGCGCGUGGAGAACAACACCCCCCAGUACUCCAUCGCCCAGAUCUCCACCGCGGGUUUCUUCUCCGCCAUCCCCAUGACCCUCAUCACCGCCCCCUUCGAGCGGGUCAAGGUGCUGCUGCAGAUCCAGGGCCAGAACCCGCCCCCGCCCGGCCAGAAGCCCAAGUACGCCGGCGGCAUGGACGUCGUCCGCCAGCUGUACAAGGAGGGUGGUAUGCGCAGUGUCUUCCGCGGCAGCGCCAUGACCCUGGCCCGUGAUGGCCCCGGUUCCGCCGCCUACUUCGCCGCCUACGAGUACAUCAAGCGCAGCCUGACCCCUAAGGACGCCAACGGAAACGUCACCGGUGAUCUGUCCAUGCCCGCCGUCCUGGCGGCCGGUGGUGCCGCCGGUGUGGCCAUGUGGAUCCCCGUCUUCCCCGUCGACACCAUCAAGUCGCGCCUGCAGAGUGACCCCGGUCGCCCGACUAUCAGCGGCACCAUCCGCGCCGUCUACGGCAACGGUGGUCUCAAGGCUUUCUUCCCCGGUUUCGGGCCCGCGCUGUGCCGUGCCGUACCCGCCAACGCGGCCACUUUCGCCGGUGUGGAGAUCGCCCACAAGUUCAUGAAGAAGUUGUUCGACGAAUAGAUCGAUCUGUAUUCAUUUCCCCCUUUUUCUCUGUUUAUUUUGACCACGGCGUUCUUUUUGAUGCUUGUAUGUUAUAUAUUUCAGUCCUGUUUAGAGAUUUUGUGAGCAUUUUGGCCAGCCCGGAUAUCCCGUGUUCAUGUCAUAGACUUGAUGUUUUUGUGUAGGGAUUACGAAUGGAUUUG